AUGAAAAUUUACGCGCGACUGAGAUCUUGUUCUGAAUUUUCUAAGAUUGCUUUCGGUGUGUUUCCACCGGACAUGCUCAAAAAUAAUGAAUUUAAGAAAAACCUUGAAGGUCUUCUUACUAUAAUUCCAUUCGGAGGCGAUGGCGGCAGCAGCAAUCAUCAACCAUUGAAUUUUAAUAAAACGUUACUCAAUGCUGCAUUGGCCACUUCUCAGAAUUCACAAAAUGAACACGGAAUUGGAUGUCACCUUGGAAAUGAAUCCAAUAUCAGUUCGUUUGCUAUGUUUACUUUUGAUGCUACAUGGACAUUAAUUCAAGCAUUGUACAAAACAUCGCUCGAUGGCAAAUCUUCUCCAUCACCUUGGUUUCUCUCAUCAUCCUAUUGUUUUAAUAGUUCAUUGGAGAAUGCCACUAAAUAUCAUGAAUAUUUAAAGGCAACACAAUUUUUGGGCAUAUCUGGUCCCAUAGAAUUUGCAAAAAAUGUUUCAAAUGAUCGUGUUGGAGGUGCCUAUUAUGCGCUUGAAAACUUGCAAUAUAAAAACAAAGAACAGCUCAGAUUCGUACAAGUAAUGAAAUGGCAUGAUGAAAUUAAAGUUGAAAAUGAGAAUUGGCAAAGUAUUAUCCAACAACAAAUUAUUUGGCCAAAUGGAUCCAAAGAGAUACCGAAAGAUUAUCCCCAAAUUCAAGGUGAGACAUUACGCAUUCAUGUAAUUGAAUCUCCGCCGUAUGUCAUGAUUUGGAAUAAGUCAUCAAUGUCGGAAAAGCCAUCGGAUGCUAAGAUGCUUGAUACUCAAGAUGAAAACGUUAAAAUAUAUGGUUAUGUAGCUGAUUUAAUUGAUCAUCUUGAAGAAAAAAUGUAUUUUAAGGCAAAAAUCGUUGUAGCCCCAUUGAACACAACUUACGAUGGCAUGGUCAAAUCUGUUUCACUGAACGAAAGUUGGGAUAUUGCCAUUUCGGACAUAGCAAUUACCUCGAAUCGUCUUGGAAUUGUUGAUUUUUCAUUACCUAUUUUUGAGGACACCAUGCGAAUUAUUAUCCGCGAGAGUUCAUCGUUUAAUGUCAGUUUUUUCUCUUAUCUGAAUCCAUUCUCACUUUACGUUUGGCUCUCAAUUGUCGGUGUAAUCUUAUUAUCGGGCUUGCUUGUCUAUAUAUUUGAGAGAGAAGAGAAUGAACAAGAGGAAGAAGAAAAACAAAAAAAAUUCCGUGCGAUGAUCUUUGGAAUGUAUCGCGCUCUACGUAGAAUUGUCGGAAUAGGUGAUGAUGUUAAAUUCAGAUCAACAUCAAGCCAAAUGAUAUCAGUUGCCUUGGUUGCAUUAAGUUGCAUACUUAUGGCUAUAUACACAGCCGAUUUAGCAUCGUUUCUUACAAUGCGACGUACUAAUCCACCUAUUUCCGGUAUUGAUGGUAUCAAAAAUGGCCGUUUACCUUUCCAUCGUGUCGGAAUUGUGAAAAAUACAUCUAUUAUCGACUAUUAUAUCCAGAAUGUGUCAGAUGUUUAUUAUCGUCUUGAAAAUCCACAAGAUAUUUAUUUGGCUCUGAUCGAAAAUCGCAUCGAUGCCGCACUAUUUGAGGGUGAAGCGCUUCAAUAUGUAAUCGAUCGAAACUAUUGUGGUCGUUUGUCGUUAGUCGGUGUCGGGUUUGCUAAAUCAUGGUUUGGUAUUGCCAUGAAAAAAGAUUGGGAAUACAAAGCCGAUUUUGAUAUGAAUAUAUUGUCAGUACGUGAAGAAGGUCUAAUUGAAAAAAAAUGGUUUUUAAAGCGAUCCUGUAACAGUGAUGUCGGUAAUAUGUGGGAAUAUGAUGGUAUUCCAAUGUCAUCGAUGAGUGGUCUCUUUCUUACUUUUCUCACGGUGAGUGCGAUUGCAUUGGCAAUUCAUUUGUGGCAUUCUCGAGCGGCAACCGUGAAAUGUUUGAAACGAAAGAUCAACGCCAACAUCAACUGA